GCUCGUUCAAAUCUUUAGGGGAGGAAGCUGAAGCUCUGUCCUGCAGUACUUGAGAGCACAAUAUAAUCAAAGGCAUGCCUGUAGAAAAAGUCAACAAUUCAUCUGACUUAGACACCAAGGUCCCUUCUUGUCUCCAACUCACAUCUAUUGGACAACUCACACUGACCUCUGACCCCUCACACAGAUGUGUUAAGGCUAGAGUGCUUCGCAAAGGUCCUGUGAUAUCCUGUGCACAGAGAGAUGGCUUGGAAAUGCUUAGAGCUGAGAUCAGAGAGGAGGACCCCCUUCAGAGUACCACUGAACAUACAUCAAUCAACGUCAUUUUCUUUGACACACUGGCCAAGGACUUUUCCCAGUCUGUCAAACAAGGGGACAUUGUACUGUUAGCAAACUUUACAAUCAGCAAAUCUCCAACUUUUCUCAGAGACAAACUACAUCCUUGUCAGCUGGAGAUGGAUAACAAAGAUGCCUGUGUCUAUGUAUGUCCCUCGGCUAUCCCUGGUCCUUCUAGUUCAGAGGCCAAAUACGUUUAUGUUCCUCUAAACAAAUUGAAGUCCAAAACUUUGGUGAACGUUUAUGGAGUGGUGACUUUUUUCAAACAACCUUUCCCCUCUAAAGGUUCAGAUUACUGCACCACACUAAAGAUCACAGAUCAGUCAGAUGUUAAAGUGAUCUGCACCAUCUUCUGUAAAAAGCUGGAGGAUCACCCACUCAUCUUCAGAGUUGGUGACAUUAUCAGACUGCACAGAUUCAAGGCAGAAGCAUUCAGAGACUCCAUUACACUCAUAAACACAUUCGGUUGGUCUACAGUCACAUUCAAUGGAAUUAUUGACAGCCCAAUUGUCCCCCGUACCUCAAGCAAAUCAUUUUUCUAUGGGGAAGCCGAUAAGCGCAGAGUUCAGGAGCUUCGCCAGUGGGCUGCCAACCAGUCUUUAUGCAGUGACCUUAACACCUCCCUAUCUUCGGUACAGCCCCACAUGUACUUUGAUUUUACCUGCCAGUUGCUGGCCAAGGCUGUCAUGCAUAGUGGAUGUAUCCUUUUGAAGGUGUGGGACGGGACCAGGUGUCAGCUUCCCUUGUUGCAAGUUGCAGUUCCACCUGAUGAAUUGGAAGGUGAAUGCACUCUUGCUAAAGACAAGAUGAACUUGACAGCCAACGUUCUGGUCUAUGAUAAUCACUUGGAGGUCGCUCGAGACUUAAAGCCUGGUGCAUUUCUGCGGUUCUACAAUCUCCGUGCACUUCUUCAGAAAGUCCCAGGCCAGUUGCCAGAUCAACCGGAACAUCUUGGUUUCCAUCUUCAUGGGGGAACAGUAUAUGGACGAGGUUUACGUAGCCUUCCUGCAGAAACCCCUGACCUGCUGUCUCUCAAGAGUGUUCUAGAGAAACAUGUUGAUCUGGAUGAGCAUGAAGAAGUGAAUGAUGGCACAUUACUGGAAAUUUGGUACACGCCGCCGGAGUCAAUAGUCUUGCCAAAUGAUGAAAACCCAGGUGCUGAAGAAAAUGCAGGGCCUGCUUAUACAGUGCAGACGUGUGAGCACAACACACAGCGGAUCACACUUGCUCAGGUGAAGCGCUCCACACCACCGCUGUCAUGUCAUGUUCGAGCCCGGGUGAAGAAGUACCUGCCCCAGCAGUUAUACCAGUGCUUGAAACUCUUCUGCUCCAAGUGUAAAACAAUGAAAGACGUACCUGAUGACAGUGCUGUCGCAAACAUAUUUCUGGAAUCUGCGAGAGAUAACCAACCUUGUGAUGAGCAGUGGGCUGCCACCUCAUCUGCAAAUUCUAGAGAACCUGGCAGAACUAUCUCAAUGCACGUUUCUAAAGACAUGGUGGGGAAAAGCAGUCACAUGCAGCUGAUAUUCAUUGAGGGAAUGACACUUGAUGAGAUUAGUGUGUUAUCACGUGAUCACAAAAACCUAGUUCCUGUUAGAUCAGAGAACAGCAAGAUGACCCGGAUGGAUCUCACUGCUCCAUUCUUGUUCUCUGGAAAAAAAAGAUAUUAUGGGUGUAAACAGUGCUCUCGGAACACGUUUGAAAACCCCGUGUUUACUGGAGUGGAGACCUGGGAUGAACAGGCAGUUGCUGCAGUUCUGGGAGUUCAGAUGAUGCAGUACAGAUUUUUAAUCCAGUUUGAACUGGAUGACGUGACUGAUACAAUAGAGGCUCUGCUGUGGGAAGACGCUGAGAGAUUCUUCCAUAUUUCUGCUGUAGAUGCUUCAGGUUGUCAAGAUUUGCAGGACAGGAUUCAGACAAUCAUGGACACAAUUCAACCACCAGAAAGUAGUCUGGAAGAACGUCCAUGGAUGGAUUUUUGCCUCUCUGUCUACACUGUGAAGGACAACGACAGAAAUAAAGUUUGUUACCAGAUCACAAACACAGAAAUUGUUAAACAAUAGAGAAGUUAUGGAUGAUUUAAUUCAAUGAACCUAGAACCUACAUUGAACAAGAAAAUGGAGCUGUUAUUUUUUGUUUUUUUUUUUUUGCUUGGAAAGUUUGUGUUAAGAAAUGUAUGUACAUGUUUUGUGGUAAAACAAUCUAUAGCUGUUUGUAAAAUAAAGUAGUUUUUUUAUUUG